AUGCUCAUCUCAUACGACGUGCCCGAGUCCGUCAUCAACACAAACCUCGCCAUCGUGGAGGGUCCAUCUUCCCGCUCUGUACAUGCAUGUGCUGAGCUUCUCCGUCAUGAUCCCGAAAUCAUCUUCAGUGGCAUCACGGCUUUGCCCAAGUUUCAACUAAACCCAUUCAAACCCGUCUCAAUGCAAGACCUCACGAUCACGGGAGACUCGGCCGAUGCGGUUAUCGAGGCAUUGCGUCAGCUCAAGAAUGCGGGGGCGAUCAAAAAUAGCCCUGUUUUUGUUCCCAUUUCUUCGACUGGGCAAGGCAUCAAACGCGACCAGCCUUUGGUCAUGAUUCCACUGUACAUCUGGCUCUUGCGCGUGCCCCAAGCUGACACGACGGCUAUGGAGAAGGCUAUUAAGAAAUGCGCAACAGAGCCAGGGUCGCCGCUCGGAGGGUUAGAUUUGGCGAACUGGAUGUUCGAAGAGCUUAUCCAAGGAAACGUUCUGGCAUGGAAAGGGAAGUGCGUGACAAUUACGUACUAG